GAGUCACACGCUAUCAGUCCUUCAGUCUAUCAGUCUAUCAGUAGGACGAUGGGGUCGCGAUGGUGCUUGUUGGUGGCGGUUCUAUGCCUCAAUGGAAGUUUAGCGCAAAACUCGUCCACCACAUACAGCAGAGAAGUCCCAUGGAAGUUGUCGUCCAUGUUGCUGUCAAUGGUCCCCCCCUUCGCCCCCAUCCACAGCAAUAACACGCUCUGUAGGGAACACAGCAAGACCUAUCUACAGCAACUGGAUAACUUCGAAAUGUGGGCUCUGAAAAUGUUUGACGCAAACGCCAAACUACCUUCAGGGCUCCUAAACGGCAACAUAAACCAACUUGGGGACUUUGACCAGUGCUUGAGGUCGCAGCAGCCAGGAGGGGUGAUCAGAGGGCAAUACUGCCUGGCGUACAUUGAGGUGAAGCUGCGGCCAGGGAUGUCCCAGGGAGGGAUGGUGUCUGUGCUGCAUAAUCUCGUACACUCCCACAACGCUUUCCGCAGCAAUCUAGAAGAUCCUGGUCAUCGAGUUCCAAGGUUCUCUUCAGUCAACUGGGCAGUCUGCGUACCUGCCUCGUGCCCUCCCGAGGAAGUGGAACAAGCUCUCGCCUCAACUGUGGACCACUUCCUGUCGUCUCCCGAGCUAAUCAUCAGGGUGCGUGUGGACCCCUCCAUGUGUCAGGUCCAAAGUGACUCCAUCAUCCCUCCUCCAGCAUCACUCAUGGCCAUAGGGUUUUUCCUGGGUAUCAUGGGAGUGAUAGUUACAGCCACCAUCACUGACUACCUCAUCCAAGACAAGCGACACGUCACACGCGCCAUGGAGGUUCUCCUAGCGUUCUCACUACUGUCCAACAGUCGUAAGCUGCUCUCCCUCUCUGAAUCCCCAGAAGACAUCCACUGUGUUCACGGGAUCAGAGCCUUGAACGCCUUCAUGCUCCUCAUGUCCCACAAAUCCAUGGCUCUCUUCUUCAACCCCUUUGUGAAUCGAACAGCCAUGGCUGAGGUUCUGGGCAAACCUUGGACAGUUAUUGCUCGGGCUGCCAGUCUUUACACAGACCCUUUCAUCAUGAUCAGUGGUCUUCUCACCACUUACAGUCUUCUUAGACAUCUUGCCCGCAAACGAUCCAUUGAUGUGCGCAAGGAGUACCUCUCUCGAUUGCUUCGUCUGGUCCCUACCCUUGGAGCCCUCAUCUUGUUCUGCACAUUUGUGAUGCCAAUCCUCGGUUCUGGACCUCAAUGGAAUUUGGUGGUCCGUCAUCACGCUGAGGUUUGCAAGACCACGUGGUGGCGCAACCUCUUAUUUAUCCAUAACUACUUCGGAUUCAAAAACAUGUGUUUGACACAUACACACCACAUUGGUAUAGACACACAGUUGUUUGCUAUAUCUCCAUUGCUGGUGUGGCUACUGUGGAGAUGGCCCCGCCAGGGAUUACUCUCCCUUUUCCUUCUUGGCUCAAUAUCCACAAUGCUGCGCUUCUACACCAGCUACAUCCGCCAUCUCAAUCUCUUUGUUUAUUUUGGUAAUCCCGUAUCACAGAUGUUUGAUACAGCCGAUUAUUCAUACAUUCUUCCAAGUCAUCGUUUUACAGUUUACGCCAUGGGAGUCAGCUUGGGUUAUGGACUAUGGCAUUGGGGAACUGACUUCAAACUUAAAACUAGCCAAUUGACCCUGGGAUGGUUUAUUGCAAUCUGCAUGCUCUACCAAUCGAUCGUAAGCCCCGCAAAGAUGGGAGACCGUAACUACGUAUACAACAGACUUGACGCAGCCAAUUACGCAGCAUUCGCUCCAAUCACAUGGUGUCUGUUCUUUGGUUGGAUAAUAUUCACAUCACACACCGGAAAUGGAGGGUUCCUAUCAAGAGUCCUUUCAUGGAAAGGUUUCCAAGUGUUUACUAGGAUUUCCUAUUCCUUUUACUUGACACAGUUUCCAGUGUUUUUCUUCAACGUUGGUCAGACACGUACACCAGAAUAUUACUCUAUUACUUCUCUGGUUAAUUUGAAAGAGGUCUUGGUUAUCUUAAUAUCAUCAGCUCUUCUGACACUCACGUUUGAAAUGCCAUUUAUCAACAUAAAGUCAAUUUUCUUCAAGAGGAAUUCAUCGCCAAGAAUACAAAGUGAUGCAAAAAAGGCUGACUAGGAAGACUGAAGAAGUCUUCACUCAAAAGUUAGCUUACAAUCCAGAAGGAGGCAAUGCAUUGUAGUUAUCCAGAUCUCAACUAAGAGACAAGUUAUAUACUGAUAUUAGAUUAGACAUAAUGAAGACGAAUUAUUAGAUUGUUGCAAAGUGCUCAUAGAAUGUGAACUAUUGUUCUUUUAGAGUAGCUUUUCUAUGUUAGAUAAGUGUUAACAUACUUAGAAUUAAUGGCAGUGAUAUAUAUAUGAAGACGCAAUUAUGUUUCAUAUCAAAGUAGUAUUCAGAACUAGCAGUAGAUGAAAAAAAUUCUAUUGCUCAGUUCAUAUACAUUACGCAAUCAGAUACGGCAAAAAC